GGUAGCAGAGCUGGCUGGGGUGCAAACGCCCGCUCGCUCAGCCCCGAGCUCACAGAUUCAGACAGGGAGGAGGAGGGAGAGACCCAGCCCGAUGGGAGUCCGGCAGCCAGCAUUCAUCUCCUUGGUCUUGGUGGGGAUGUGGGUGACCUCCUGCCACGGUGGGGAAGGCCAGAACCCUGCAGCAGAGUGGAGCAUGAGACUCACAGGCUCUGGCUGCAGAUGUUCAGGCCUGCUGGAGGUUAACUCUAGGGGCAGCUUGGCAAGAGUUUGUAGCAGUGUUUGGAACCAGAAGGUCACAAAAAUGGUCUGUGCAGAGCUGGGCUGUGGCUCCCCCUCCAAUGACGUUCUCAUACUAGACUCAGAGCAGAAAUUCAUGGAAAGGAUGAAGCCGAACUGCCAGGGGAAUGGGACUACCCUGAAGAACUGCCACUGGGAGAAAUCCAAUUGCACGCAGGAUAUCACCGUGGUUUGCAAAGAACCAGAAAAAACCACCACUGCACCAACAACAACAACUGCACCAGAACCCACCGGCCCCCCCAGGAUGCGGCUGGUAGAUGGGAGGUUCCACUGCUCAGGGAUUGUGGAGCUCUACAUGGGAGGCCACUGGGGAACAGUCCAAUCAAGUCCAGAAAACAAGACAAAGCUGGACAGCUGGGUUUGCCGGAAGAUGGGCUGCGGUGAUGCCUUAGACCAGAAAAAUCGGUCUUUCUUGGUGAAAAAUGAAAAGCAGCAUCUACCAGUCCAUUGGGAGAUGGUGGCAUCAUGUAGAAGUGACUCUAUCCCAGACUGUUUCAACAGAACCAGGAACUCUCAGAAAAAAACUCCAGCCUCUGUCAUCUGCUCCGGUUCCCAGCCAAGGAUGAUGCGAAGGCUUGGAGACAGCCAGAGCCCCUGCGAAGGGGUCAUGGAAGUGUUCCAUGAGGGGAAAUGGCAAGUCCUGUGCGAUUCCAGUUCAUUGUGGGAAUCUAGAGGGCAGCAGGUGUGCCAAGAGCUGCAGUGCGGGAACUUCUUCUCGAGCGUCCAAGUCCAGGGUGCCAAGAUAUCGGGAGUGUCCUGCAGUGAGCAGCACAUCCAGGAGUGUUCCACUUUCCACAGAGUAACCUGCUACAAAACCAGAGUCAUGUGCCAGAAUUUCAAGCCACGCUCAGCUGGGGUGGGAGCAGGAACCAUUGUGAGCAUCCUCCUGGCUCUGAUCCUCCUUGGAGUUCUCAUCAUUAUCUGUGGACCUCCCGCCUACAAGAAACUACAGAAGAAAUACGCCAAGAAGCAGCAGCGCCAGUGGAUAGGCCCAACUGGAUUACAGCAAAACGUUUCAUUCCACCGCAACAGCACUGUCACUCUCAGGCCCCGUCAGGAAGGUCAAGGCGCACAGGGCGAGGACAACGACUAUUCUCAGACCCCUAAGAAGAACUCCUACCUUUCGGCUUAUCCAGCUCUGGAAGGGGCAAUCAGGUCUUCCAACCCUCCAGACAACUCCUCCGACAGUGACUAUGACUUGCAUUCUGCUCGGCGACUUUAGCCUCUUUCCCCCAGACAGAGGUGGGAAUCUGGCAACUGGAAAAACUGACAGAAGAGAAGAAAAAAAAUACCUGAGACGAUCCUGCACUGGAAUCAUUUCCGUGUUACUACAUGCAGCUGUAAAGGCUUUUCCCACACUGUCAGAGACCUGAGAUGGGGGAGUCACUGCAGCCCCAAAUUACAAAUCCCUUUCCAUGCAUAGGGGCAAAGAGAAUCAGGAUGCCUGCCUUCUUUUCCCCCCCAGUGACCUUUGGCAAGUCACUUAGGCCCAACAUGUCAAAAGCAUCCCUAUUUGUGCAUGUCUCUAUUUUCUGGUGUACAGCUUCAGACCCACCGGGCCUAAUUUUCAGCAGUAUUGAGCACUCACAGCUCCAGCUGAAGUCAAUGGGCUUGUGUGUUUCAUGCUAGGCAUCUAAAAUUUGGGGCACCCAUGAUCAGUGGAUUUAAUUUUACAUGUUGGUCAUUAACCUCUGUAUUCUAUUCUAUUCUAUUCGGGUUCUUGUAUUAUGCCCAUCACUAUGGUAUGUGAGCACCUUCCUAUGACAAAUUCAUCUAGCAUUCAUUGCUUGUGGUUUCUUCUCCAUUCCUCUCACUGGGAGGAAAUUUGUGUGUGUGUUUAAGUUGAUUUGUUGUUGUUUGUUAAGGGCAAGCAAGUGUAAAAAUUGUGUUUUACAUUUGGGCUGUGAAGUGGUGAUAUUUGUUUACUUAAGAUAUGUCUACAUAACAAGCUGUAGUGCAGAUCCUUCCAACAUUAAUGGAAGGUUUUUUUCCAUUGAUGCAGUUAAUCCACCUCUCCGAGAGGCAGUAGCUAGGUUGACAGAAGAAUUCUUUCAUCGACCUAGCUACGUCUACAGUGGGGGUUAGAUCAACCUAACUAUGGUGUUUGGGGUGCAAAAUUUUUCUCAGCCCUGAGCAAUGUAGCUAGGUUGAUCUAAUUUUUAAGUGUAUACCAGGCCUUAGUAGGGUGACCAGACAGCAAGUGUGAAAAAUCGGGACGGGGGUGGGGGGUAAUAGGAGCCUUUAUAAGAAAAAGACCCAAAAAUCGGGACUGUCCCUAUAAAAUCAGGACAUCUGAUCACCCUAGGCCUUAGUCCCUGGAGGAAUGGAUUGCAGAGUCUCCAUGCCUGCUCUCCCACUCUAAAUCAGUCGAAUACUUCACUAUCUUCUAAGGAUAUUGUGAAGCUAACUUAAUUAACGUCUGUGAGGUGCUCAGAUACCAGAGUAAUAAGCACCAUGGAAAAGAUUAUGAAUAAACUGUCUCCUUACAUCACUUAGGAAGCUAUGAUGAUGCAUGUUUGGCUCAGCAGAUGGCUGAAGUACCCCAGGAGUACAAUAUCCUGUGGUAAUGUGUAUGUGAGUGGGGCUGGUGUGUAUGUGUAGGGGUGUGCGUGGCUAGGUUUGUGAAGAGAAGGCAUAUGUAAGAUCGAGGCAAGCUGGAUGUGUGAUGAGAGUGGGAGGAGCUAAUGUUUAACACAAACAUGACUGAGAUAUUUAAUAAGCAAUAA